GGGCGGGCGGCCGGGCGUCUGUGCCUCCACCACAGGCAACCAGAGCCGGGCGGGCGGCCGGUCGGUCGGUCGGUCGGUCGGCCCCUGGGCAUCAAGGGAGACCCGAGCAGCUCCGGCUGACACCGAGCGCACCGGCAUCCGGCAAUGGACAUCAUAAAGAGCGGCUGGUUCACUGAGACCUCCACACUGUGGCCGGGCCAAGCCAUGUCGCUGGAAGUGGAAGAGAUCCUCUACCAUCAGAAAUCUUCCUUUCAGGACGUGGUCGUCUUCAAAAGCAAAAGCUAUGGUAAUGUGUUGGUGCUGGAUGGUGUGAUACAGUGCACCGAAAGGGAUGAGUUUGCGUACCAAGAAAUGAUUGCAAAUUUAACCUUGUGCAGCCAUCCUAAUCCGAAAAAGGUUCUGAUAAUUGGUGGUGGUGAUGGUGGAGUAUUGCGAGAAGUUGUGAAGCAUUCCACCGUGGAGUCUGUGGCACAGUGUGAAAUUGAUGAGGAUGUAAUAAAGGUUUCCAAACAAUACCUUCCUGGUAUGGCUGUGGGUUUCUCGAGCCCAAAGUUGAAACUCCAUGUUGGUGAUGGCUUUGAGUUCAUGAAGGAGAACCAGGAUGCAUUUGAUGUAAUUAUCACUGAUUCCUCAGAUCCAGUAGGUCCCGCUGAGAGUCUAUUUCAAGAAUCAUACUAUCGACUAAUGAAGAAUGCACUGCGUGAAGGUGGAAUCCUUGGUGCACAAGGUGAAUGUCAGUGGUUGCACCUUAACCUCAUAAAGGAGAUGCAGAGGUUCUGCAAGUCCCUGUUUCCAGUGGUUGAAUAUGCAUACAGCACAAUACCUACGUACCCAAGUGGGCAGAUUGGCUUCAUGCUGUGCAGUAAAAAUCCUGAGACAAAUUUUCGUGAACCAGUACGGCAACUGUCAGCUGAUGAAGUGAAUAGGAUGCAAAUGAAAUAUUACAAUGCAGAAAUGCAUAGGGCUGCAUUUGUUCUACCAGAGUUUGCCAGAAAGGCUCUUAGUGAUGCAUAAAAAUAACUCCAGUGCUCACUGUUAAUUGCCAUCAAUACUGGAAAGUGUUUAAAAGUUUAUCAUGAAUUUAUAGUGCUGCAGCUACCUACCAUACAACAUAUUAACCCUUUCCUGUCUUCAGAGAGGGAGAACUAUGAUUUUUACUGCUUAGGAGGCAAGGAAAUAGCAACACUUGAUAAAAGACUGAAUUUCAGUAACUUUUACAAAGGAGAAGAUUUGUGAUUUCCAGAACACUGGGUGAUCUCUUGUAGAUUUGGCCGACAGUACUAUGAGCCUCCUGAAACUGUUGUCAACCGACUAAUCAGUAACCUGGAUUUGUACGUACUUCACAUUACAGCGGAUUGCUGAAACUUUAAUCUGUGAUGGUUCUAGAUUGGAAAGGAUUAAAAUUUUAUCAAAAAAAAGCUAAAUAAAAAUCCAACUAUCUAAUAUUUAGAACUUGGAAUUGUGUGAAAACUCUUGGUGUGCGAAAACCGUGAAUAAUAUGAAAAUCCUGCUCAAUUUUUUCUUAACAGCAUGCCUAUUCUUUUAAAAUAUUUUGUCUCUUGUAGGAUUCACUACAGUUGGAAUGAUUUAGCAACAGACAUUUGGCUAAUUAUGGAAUGGAUUGUCUUGAUUUUGCCCCUCUUUUUAAAAUCCCCAUUUUCUUCCCCUUCACCUUGACCUCUCACUUUAUUUUGUCUCUUUUCUCAACCCCUCCUGCCCCACCUGACUGAGCCUUGAAUGCAUUUAAGUUAUUGUAAGGUAAAUUCAAACUGGCUUUCAUUUUUUUCCAUGCAUGCAAACAUUUGUGAUGAAGUUCUUCUUUUCCAUUCCAGUUAAACCUGUAGCUUUGUGUGCUGUAAUACGAUGGAUGAAGUUUAACCUGUAUGCAGGAGCAUGUGUUUAUUUCAUUAGAGGAACUCAUCCUUGGACUAAUUGAACUUGACAGGGAAAUAUUAAGGCGGCCAGGGAGGUGGUGGUGGUGGUGGAGGGAAGACAUAAUUGAUAGAAGCUCCAAGUAAUUCUCUAGGCCCAAUACAAUAACUUUGUGGUCAAAUUGAAACUUUUCAGAAGGAGCAAGUGAAAUUCAGCAUUUGAUGUGGAUGGCUAAGUACACCUUCUGAUAGUUUAAUUUAUUGGCCUAUAGGGCAAAGUUCCUUAAACAUUUAAAAUCUUGGACUAUUUAAUUGCACACCCCCAUUAGAGGGGAAAUCCCCAGGGAUUUAUUAUUAAUUAUUGUUCAUUUAAAAUGAUUGUUUAUUCAAUGUUCAAUUAACAGCUGCUAUUUUACCAGGGCUCUUAUUAUUUUAAAGUGGUCUAAAUAUCUUUAGACGUCAUUAUCCCACAAUAUAAUUUGAAAGCAAUUUGCUUUCUAAGUGGAGACCUGCUGGUUUGGGCUCCUCCUGUGUUAGACCAUUUUGAUCUCACUAAAGAGAACAUCCUACAUAAUGUCAAUAAAUGCCCUGGGGUCAGCACCUUCAGAUUUGCAUGGAAAAACUGCUCUCCUAUCUGAGGAGCACUCAAUGACUUAUCUAAGUUCAGAAGAAAUGGGUCAGGUCUCAUUAAGUACAAUCUCAAUUGCUUCAAAUAGAGUUGAUGUUUUUCUAUAUUAUGGUUUAUGGAAGCUCCAACUUUCCUUGGUCUCCAUUCAGGUGGGGAUGUAUAUUGUUAGUAAUUAUGUGUAAUAGGCAAUAAUGCUUUAUUAAAAAAAAUUUUCUACCUCUCCCAAAAAAAACUUGAUCUGGCCCAAGUACCAUGUGUUCAUAAUUUUGAUAUUUCUUUAAAGGCAGAGUAUUGUGUACUAAUUAUCAGACCAAUUAAUGAAAACUGGAAUGUGACCUCAAAAUCUAGGAGACAACUUCUGAAGUGCACCGCUUUUUAAUUUAUUUAAGACCUUUGUUUAAAGUAUCUUUAAUCUGGUUACUGUUAAAUAGAAAAUAAUCCUGUCACAAAAAAACUUGAAUAUUUUAUAAGAUAAUACUAGGGGGGCUUUUCUCUAUUCAGACACUCAGUCUAUCUGAUAUCUUAAAUCAAGCUAAUGUUUCAACUUGAAAAACCAAUCCAUGCUUUUGAUUCUGUUUACAUUUCCACGAUCAAAUAUUGUAAGUACUUUGAAGUCUUGUGCACCAGCUUGUGUGUGUGUGUAUCUCUCUCUCUCUCUCUCUCUCUCCCUCUCUCUCCCUCUCUCUCUCUCUCUCUCUCUCUCUCUCCCUCUCUCUCCCUCUCUCUCCC